AUUCUCCUUACCUCUACGCAAUGAAGAGUUUCUUCACUGCAUCACGAGAUGUUUUUCUUAAUUUUCUUUUCUCCCAUCGUUGUUUCUGUCUCAUUUUCCUCUGGAGAAUCGAUCUCAAAUAAAUAAAUAUGCACGACUCAAUCGACCUACAGGAAUCACUCCCCGUCGAUAUUGCUCUCAAAAUCGUCUCCUCUCUUCAGGUUUUGGAUGUGUGUUCGUUAGGGUGCUGUUCGAGAUAUUGGAGGGAGCUUUGUGGUUGUGAUUGUGUGUGGGAAGGUCUGUGUAGAGACAGAUGGCCUGGCUUUUUUGAGGAUGGAAAUUCAUCGGAUUCUCAGAAGCAAACCCUUGUUGGUUUUGAACAAGGAUUUGUCUCCCCCUAUCCAAAGGGUUGGAAGGAUUUGUACAUGAUCAAGCAUAAUCAGAUGUUAAGGGAAGCAACCAAGGUGACGAAUUUCGUGGAAAGGUCUUUAGCAAACGGGUCGAUCGAAGUUGGGAACUACUUGAAAGCUAUUCGUCUUCUGAACUUAUAUCAGCUCAGGUUCAAAGAUGUCCAAAUGUUCAUACUGAAACCGAACCUCAGUGUUCUGCACAACUUGCUAGCCUUGCACUACUGCAUCUUCUACCUAGAUGUCCCGGAGGAGCAAAUGAUUGAAGCACUGAACAGAAACGGGAUUGCGGAGAGACGAGUGGCCGUCCAAUGGUGGAAGCUAGGCAGAUGGUCUCAGGGGUUUCGUUUACGGGACGAGCUGCAUUCCCGCAACGUGUCGUUGGCGGGCCUUGCCGAAUCGAGCGACGAAAUUCUCGGUGUGCUUCACCGUGGGGCGAUUCAUGAAGUUAUUCGGAUCCAGAUUUCGGCUGCUAGGCCUUCUAAAAGGCCAUGGUCUUGCCAAGUUGUCAACACUUUGCAGUCUAAAUGACCGUUAGUAACGGCGAAAUGGAUUUCUCGACCGCACUUAAAAGGUAAGAAAUUUUACUUGCAAAUUAUGCAUGUUUGUGUACAUAUGCAGAUUGGUUUUUAUGUUGUAACAUUUUAUUCGAAUCUUUCGGAUAUGACCAAUGCUUGUGUUGUUGUAGUA